AUGGGAACCAGAAUUCCAGAUGAGCAAGGAGCCUCUUCAGGAAGCCUAGGUAGGAUAGCUAGCUGCUUAGGGAAGCCUAUUUGCACAGAUAAACUUACAGCUAACGGCGAAAGAGUGUCCUAUGCACGCAUACUAAUUGAGAUGGAUGUCUCACUCGCACUUCCAGAGGAGAUACCAAUUGAAUUACCAGGAGGCAAGUACAGAUUGCAGACCAUUGAAUAUGAAUGGAGGCUCUUAUAUUGUCAGAGCUGCCUGAGUAUAGGGCAUCGCAAUGGUGAAGGCAUGAAGGCAACACAAACUGAUAAAGAAAAGCAGCAACUGCACAAGAAGAAACAAAAGAUGGAUUGGAGAGUUGAACCAGUUGUAACAAAGGAGGUAGGAACAUUAGCUGCUACACAAGAUGCAAUAACACAAUCGGAAGAUAUGGAAUAUCAGGUGCAUCAGGCUAAGAGCAGGGGAAAGAAAAAGUUGGCUAUCAUCCCAGAACAGGAGGGACAAAGGGACUUCAAUACCAUACUCUCAGUAGAUGACAGGCAGAAUGGUGUUCCAGUUCAACCAGCUGAAGUCAAGGAUUUUCAGGAAUGCAUUGAAGAUAUUGGUCUUGGGCAACUUAAAAGAACGGGUUGUCAAUUCUCAUGA